AUGCUGCGGCGUAGCCUUGUUGCGCUCGCCCCGAGUAUCCCGCGGAGCGUCUGGGACCCAGCACAGCAUAAUGAUCACUGGGUGGACAGCUACAGCACCAGCAUCGCAGACCGCCGGCACUGGCCAGCGAAGAAGUGGUCCAUCGGCCUCGAGCCACGCACCCCCCGCGACUGGCUGCGGUUCUCUUAUCGAAACCUCGCCUACGCCUACAACGGGGCGCUGCGCGCCUGCGCAACGUUUCCUGAGAUGCUCAUCUACUAUAAGGAGAUGAAGCAGCGCGGGGUCAAGGUAGACAUGGACACACUGAACGCGGUGCUCUCGCGCGCCGCGCGGUACGAGCACAUCCAAGUCGAUGACGUGUUCCUCCUCUUUGACGAACUCACCGCCCUCGGCGCCCGUCCUGAUAUUGCGUCCGUCGAGACGCUCCACACGGUGCUCGAGCACGCCGCGCAUCAGCCACCGGAGUGGCGUGAGACACGCCGUCGUCAGCUUGUGGAGUUGUACCAGCACCUCGCGCUGGAGGAGAUCGAGCGUCUCGCCCCGUAUCACGUCGAUGCAUUGCUGUCUGCGCAGAUAGCGCGCCUGCGAGGAAACCUCAAGCAACUCAGCGCGAGUCUCAGUCCAUCCGUGUACCGGCGCUACUUCGCGGUCAUCGACCUUGGGGAGACACUCAUACAGGAAGUCCACAACUUCCUGUGGGAGUAUGUCGGCGCCGACCACGCUGCAAUGGAUGUGCCGUCGCUGCAGCUCCGCAUCCCCUUCGUGGCCUCCGUGAUGAAGCGCCCGUCGGCGGCGGCUGACCCGACCCAGGUGAAAGCAACCGACUUCGAAGACACAGACGUGUGUAGUGUCCUGCUGGCUGCGGUGGAGCGCUGCGUCGACGGAGACUUCCACGACAGCCGGCCUGUGUCGGAGCGGCGUAUGUACCUCGCCUUAUUGACCAUGCUCACCUCCAGUGGCGUCCUCUACUCAGCCGAUCUCAUAGCGCAGAUGAUGGAUAUUGUGAAGUACUCGCGCGAUGAUCGUGGACGUGACCGCGACGCCCAGCGGCUUCUGCGGUACGCCCUGCGCGGGUCCUCUGCCUCCAACGACGCCGCUUACCGCGAGCUGUGGCGGGCUGUGGCACCGGCUGUGGAUGCGAGGGUGGUGGGACGGUACCUGGCAAGUCGGGACCCGUGGUCGCCGGUGCACAUUUGCUUUGAUCGAAGCUUUCAAUUUCGAGCGUUUCCUCCGCUGCAGCUGAGCGCCAAGGACUCUAGCAGCAGCAACAGCACUGCCCCCCCAGCAGCAGUAGCGGCGUCGACGGCCCCCGAGGCAGACAGCUCCUCCACCGCUGCGUCGGUCGCCGAACGGAAAGAGGCGUUCGAAGGCGAGGGCAUCGACGUGCUCCCCCGGACUGUCACCACCAAGACGGCGGAGGCGCUGCAGCAACGCUGGGACGAUGUGCGUAGACUGAUCGACGUCACGGACGUCCUCAAGCAGGCGGGGGGUCUGGCAACCACAACGGCCGGGACCAAAGCGCCAACGCAGGAGAUGGCGCAGCAAGCGAUGGAGGUCUUCACCGGUGCGGCAGCGUUCCUGCGUGGGGUGGCCACGGGUUGCCGCUACGGCGAGUUGGAAGACGCGCUAGCUAUUCAAGCAGUGGGAGAUGGGCAGCAGCAGCAGCAGCACACGUCGCGUGCAGUAUCGCGUGGAGGAACAGCAGUCACAGCAGAUGCCGCGCACAACAGCAGCAGUAAGGCGAGCGCAAUGUUGUUCGCCGGCGACCUCGACUUUGAUGUCUGGCAGCGACUACUACAGUGCGUCCAGCAACUGCUCCAGGACAUGGAGCAGUUCAUGGCUCGGCAGUACGAGGUGCAUGGCCUUCAGGUGGAGCCGGAGUUUGAGUGCUGGGAGGCUAUGCUCGUGGUGCUGCGUUGCAUCUUGGACUUCUGUCUUGUGCACACGCAGCAGUACGGUCGUGCAGCCGGUGGCGGCAUGGCGGAGAAUCUCUUUCAAGAGUCGGCGCAGCUGCGCGCGCAGUUGGUGGAAGAGAGUCGAACCCGCUUCAACGGCCGCAUGCGCAUCUUGUGGCUGCAGGAGAUCUAA